AUGGAGUUAUGUAGCUGGAAUAACCAAUUUUAUAACCUUCACGAUUUAAUUACAUUACUACAAAACGCCUUUAAACGCAAACAAGAUGCUGAAUUGUGUCCAGUUGAAUAUUUCAUCGCGCACACUUUACUCGAAGAACUAGUCGUUUGUCUAAAUGUCCUGCAAUCCCAUACCCCUCCCAUCAUACAUCGGGAUCUCAAACCGAAAAAUAUACUAGUUACUGGCAGCGGUAGUAAUUGGCUUAAAAUAGGUGAUUUUGGUCUGGCUAAAAUCCAAGAGUCUAAUACUCAGAAAGCCGGUGCACUGGAUUACAGGGCGGUGGAGAUCAUCAUGUAAAAUUACGGAUGUAAUAUUGAGCAUGUUAAAUCCAAGGGCAAGUGAUAGACCAGUGUGUGACAAGAUUAUUCAUGAGAUGAACUUGUCACAAAUAUGUUAUAAUUUGGACGAGGUCCGUGCUAAUAAAGAAGGAGAAGUUUGUCUAAAUCGCUAUAAAAUCUUAAGCGAUUAUUAUAAAAGUAAAUUACAGGCCAAAUCGAAUCCGCA